AUGGCGCGGUGUUAUAUUCUGGCUUCUAUGUCGAAUAUAUUGCAACAUCAACAUCAGUCUAUGGAAACUACUUACGAUAUGAUGUUGAACCUCAAAGACAUGUUUGGGGAUCAAAAUCGUGCAGCCGGGCUAGUUACUAUGAAAGAAUUGGUGAGCAUAACCCAUGUUGAAGGGACCCCAAUUAGGGAUCAUAUUCUGAAGAUGAUUGCUCUUCUGAAUGAACUAGAGAUCUUUGGGGCUAAAAUCGAUACAGAAACCCAGAUCGAUUUCGAACUCCAAGCAGCUGAGGGUCUUGUGGUUGUGAAGAAAUCACCAUCAGUGUUAGUGCCUGAGAAGGCUUCUACUUCUAAGUCGAAAGGCAAGAAGAAGUAG